ACUCCGUGCUUCACUCACUCUGUUUUCAAAUGAAUAACGCUCUUUCGUGGGAACAAUGGCGAGUGUAGCAACAGCCGUGGCUGCAGUUGCGGGAAGAGACCCUGCUGUAGACCGCUCCUUAAGAUCUGUCUUCGUGGGUAAUAUCCCAUAUGAAGCAACAGAAGAGCAGCUGAAAGACAUCUUCUCAGAAGUUGGUCUUGUCGUCAGUUUCAGGUUGGUAUAUGACAGAGAAACAGGAAAACCAAAAGGUUAUGGCUUCUGUGAGUACCAGGACCAGGAGACGGCACUCAGCGCCAUGCGUAACCUCAACGGUCGAGAGUUCAGUGGCCGAGCUCUGCGUGUGGACAAUGCCGCCAGUGAGAAGAACAAAGAAGAGCUCAAGAGUUUGGGCACCGGAGCUCCCAUUAUUGAGUCACCAUAUGGAGACAGCUGCCCAGCUGAGGAGGCACCAGAGUCCAUUAGCAGAGCUGUAGCUAGCCUGCCACCAGAGCAGAUGUUUGAGCUUAUGAAACAGAUGAAACUGUGUGUUCAGAACAGUCCACAGGAGGCCAGGAACAUGCUCCUGCAGAACCCACAGUUGGCCUAUGCACUGUUGCAGGCACAGGUCGUCAUGAGGAUUGUCGACCCUGAGAUUGCCUUGAAAAUGCUUCAUCGGCAAGCUUCUGUGCAGCCCAUAAAUCCAAACACCCAGUCAGGGCCUUUACCAGUGUCGAACCAGCCUCACGCUCAGCCCAGUGCGCCAGUGUCCCAGCCCCAGGCCAUGCCAGGAAUGCACGUGAAUGGUGCUCCCCAGAUGAUGCCACCUUCUCAGAUGGGAGGUGGAGUGCCAGGGCCAAUGGCAGGACAGGGGCCUAUGCUGGGACAAGGCCCAAUGCCAGGACCAGGCCCUCUGGGGCCAGGAGGUGGAAUGCAGCCUCAGAUGGGGAUCCCUCAAGGAGGCCCUGUUCCAAUGGACAGGGGUGCAGGAAGCCUUCAGGACUCUCCUGUUGGAUCAUCUGGGCCGGCUGCUAUCGAGCGGCCACAAGUGCCCAUGGUAGACCCACGGGCUCCUAUGCGAGGAGCCCCUCCAGGACCUCAAGGGAUUCCACCAAGAGGCCUGCUGGGUGAUGGUCCUAAUGAUCCGCGAGGUGGCUCACUAGUAAGCGUGGGAGAAGUAGUGGAGCCCCGUGGUUAUAUGGGAGGCCCUCCACAGCACCAGGGACCACCCAUGCAUAUGGCUCCUCCAGACAUGCGUGGACCCCAUGACAUGAGAGGAGCACCCAUGUUAGGAGAGCCCAGAGGCCCUAUGAUGGAUCAGCGUGGUCCACCCAUGGACUCUAGAGCCCCAAUUCCUCCAGGCCGUGAUCCUCGAGCUGUUGAAACUCGGGGUCCAGUGGCAGGCCAGAGGGUCCCUGUCGCAGCUGGAAUGCAGGGUGCUCCUACUCACGCAAUGCCACCAAAUGCUCCCCCAUCUGCCCGACCUGGUCCUGCACCUGAGGUGUCCUCUCAAGAUCAUGAAAAGGCUGCUCUAAUUAUGCAGGUACUCCAGCUGACUCCAGAACAGAUUGCCAUGCUUCCCCCUGAGCAGAGGCAGAGUAUCCUCAUCCUGAAAGAGCAGAUUCAGAAAACUGCUGGUACCCCUUGAGAAUUCUAGAGAAAUGGGUUUUUCCCACCCCCUUUCCUUUUUUGCGCUUUGUCUGUCUUCCUGGUCUAUAACUAGUCUGUUAAUGAGACAGGUUUUCUAUUUUUGUGCAUGCAGCAUGAUGUAACAGUUUUUGUUGUAAGCAGUUGCUUAACAUGCAGUUUUUUGGUUUCAGGAUGUCACUGCUAGGAAUUUCUAAACCUUGAAACAAGUUUCUUCCUCAUGCUUGUAGGAUUGAUAAAAACACAGACAGACCAUACCCAUGUUUCUUUUCUGUUAGUUGUUGAAAGAGUAAGACAUGCUAUUUGUUCAUUACAUGUUGCAAAGUUUUUUGGACUGUAAAUGUAUAGUAAAAGGGGAAAUGCCUGGGGUGUGUGUGUCUGAGUCUCAUCCCAUUGGAACACAGAAAAGUACGCAGAAUUUAAUUUCAGCACUGCCAAAACUAUAUUUGCUGUUUGAAUUUUUUUUUUCAAUAAAAAGAGGAAAAACUGA